AAUUCUAUUAUUUUCUCAACUUUUGUUCAAAUUCCAUAACAAUGACAUCAACUUUGCCAUUACUUUCAUCUUCUUCUUCUUCGUCCUCUUUACCUUCAUCUUCACCCAACAACAUGAAUAUCCUAAAUACCUCAGACGGAGAGAUUUCCAUUAUCGACGAAAACGUCGCCGAUCAAAUGCCGGCCAUCCACACUUCUUUAGAAUUUCUCCCGGACAUAACCGGAGACAUUCCCUCCUUAGUCAUUGAGUACUGCAAAGCCCAUGCCCAAAACCCUAAUAGUACUGACCCGAAUUAUAUUCAACAGGUCAAGAAUUGGGAUCAACAAUUCGUAAAUGAAAUUGAUCUGAAUACCCUUUUUGAACUUAUUCUUGCUGGUAAAUCUUUGGAACUUCCGUCUUUACUUGAUUUUACUUGCCAAACAAUGGCUGACAUGAUGAAGGGGAGAUCAAUGGAGGAGAUUAGGAGGAAUUUUAAUAUCAAGAACCAUGAUUUUAGAUCAAAAAAUGAUGAAGAAAUAAUUCGGAAAUUCUUUCAUAGGGGAAGAUCAGGAGGAUCAAGAUCAUCAUCAUCAUUUUCAUCAUCAUCAUCAUACCCUUUACGUAUGUUCUUCUGUCUGCCACUUUCAACACUUUUUGAAAGAUUUAAAACAAUGGUAUCUUCUUUUUCUUCAUCUUUUUCCAAGAAGAUGAUAUUACUGUCUAGUUCAGAAGGAAAGAUAUUCAAAGUGGAAGAAAACGUGGCACUGCAGAGUGAGAUGAUCAAGAACCUUCUAGAAGACUCUGAUUAUCGAGUUAUUCUUCUAGAAGUAAACACAGUGAUUCUGUCGAAGGUUAUUGAGUACUGCCAAAAACACGUGGAAAAACCAAGUAAUGAUGAUGAUGACGACGACGAUGAUGAUGAAAAACUCAUCAAUUGGGAUACAGAAUUUGUGAUGGUUGAUCAGAAGACACUUUUUGAUGUUAUUAAUGCUGCUAACUAUUUGCAAAUUAAGUCUUUGCUUAAUUUUACUUGUCAUUUUUUGGCUUAUAUGAUUUUAGAACAACAUGGGAUGAUUAUGGAUGAAGGUGUAGAUUAGAUGAGUGAUAUCAUUUUUUAGGUUUUAGAUUUUGGACUAAUUGGUGUACAUGGUUGAUUGUUCUC